GCCAGCAUAUUUUUUGUCGUAGAAUUUCUACGACAUGAUCUACAUCUAGAUGAUCUACUUCUCGUAGAGUACAGAGUUGGAGAGAAGCAGUGAAGAGUAGCGCUCAUACAACACUAAUGCGUAUCUACUUCUGAAACGAGCACGAGAUAAAGCGACCACGACGAGGACGUGAGCAGGAGGUGGAACCCGAGGAAGAAACGACACACGAGCAAGAGUCACGUCGCCUCAACGAGCAAUACUACUUGUACGGUUCGCUUUUCGUGCUUUGGAAACAAAGUCGGCACCGUGAGCAUUGUUCAGGACAACCGCUAGCAACAAAAUGACGUCGUCCCCUUUGAGAUCAUUCGUCUUAUUUGCCUCUCUGGGCCUACGCAUACAAAACCAUUUUCACGUAAACGCCGAUCGAUCUUCUUCCGCUCAGCAUGCAGGAGGAGCAUUCUCUUCUGCCUCCUCCGGACAUUGGAAAAGAUACUACUACCAUCACGAAGUCGAAGGUCCUCUUGGUCGUGAAGAUGCUCCUGUAGGUCGUGGUCGUGGUCGUGUAGUUCCAAGGACGUCCACGUCUGGAGGUGCAGCUGUGUUUAAAACCACAACUACACUCAAACAAGAACGAGAAGAAGAACCUGAACUACCUUCUGAUCAUGGUCCUUCUGAUCAUGGUUCUGGUGUGGAGAAUCCUAGACCUAGAGCUAGACUUACUUCUAUCGACGACGAGAUCCCUGUAGUCCCAGACUGGAUGCCACAAGCCUGGGUUGCUGCAGCUGCUUCUAGUACUCCUGGCACGGCCAGUAGGGGUCGGUCCUCUACUGUUAGUAAAAGUUCAAAUCGAGGAGGGUCUACUCAACAGCAUAUUAAUAGAGAGGUUGCUCCAAGCCCAAGCACAGCCGCCAGUAGUCGUUGGAACAUCCGUCGAGGAGGUGGAGCCUUUAUGGCGCCGAAGAGUAGAGGUCGCUCUUCUGUGCGGCGCACGUCGGCUGGAGGUUCUGCUGCUACAAGACAACGAUCGACGAUUUUUACUUCAUCUAGAAAUGGGAGGGGACAUCGAUCAUUCACACAUGCAUAUGUUGAGCUAGACGACGAAGAAGGACGUGGUCGUGCUGGAGGCGUGUUAGAAGAUGAACGCCAGAAGAUGAUGAUGAAUAAUCUAGCCGUUGAUGUUGAAAAUAUAUAUGAUGAUGACUACGACAUGCAGAACCAGAAUGAUCGUCCUCGUGGUGAACAAGAAGACUACUUGGAGAAACGAGAAGACCUCAGUGCCGAUGAGCAGGAUUCUUCAUCCGCGAUGAGUGAUCUUUUUAGCGUCGAAGACGAUGAGAAAGAUGAGGAACCUGAAGUCCCACGUGACCGUGAAACCAGCACUGCGCCGACUUCAUCUAAGAUGUUGAUGCACGGUCGUCAGAGAUCUCCUUCUAGCACAUCCAAGAAGUCAUCUAAUUCCAAGAAUACAUCCCCAGCAUCAGACGUUGUCCCUAGGAUGCAUGUCUUGCCCAAGGAUUUGAUGGGAGAGCAACCUGGGAUGUUGGACUCCGUAAGGUUUUUCGAUAUCAAAGUGGACCCGAUGAAGGCUUUUGGUUGGCACAUGCAGGAGUCGGAUGCCCAGAACCAAGCACGGUUGUUUGCAUUGAUUAUUAUGGCAUCCCUUGUACUCCUAUGUAUUGUUCCUAUUCCUAUAGAGAUACAAGGACUCCCUCCUGCUCUCGUCCCAGUUUUGAGGCGAAGAAGUCUCCACUGAAUUUGAUCGGAAAGGGUGUCCCGAAUCCUCUACAUCAUAGAUACAACUCCCUGCUCGUCUCGUCCCAGUAGUUCCUUCAUCUCCGGUGAGGUGGCCACUGCGUACGCCGUAUUAUAAAUUUAGGAUUUAUUCGCGUAUUCGAGUUGUCGUGUCUUCGCAACCAUGAUCGGCUGCGUAUAUUAUAGGACUUCGCCAACAAUGACCGGCAAAGUAGAGGGGACCUCUUUGUUUUAUUGCAACCAUGAUGGAAUAAAGUAGAAGGUUUCUAAAAACAUCUUUCACUCUCUAAUUCCCAGCGUCGUGAACGUAUUGCGCAAAAUGCCUUACUCCUGCGCCCAGAAGACCAGCUGUUGGUCGUUGCGAACGACGAGAGAGUCAACGUUGGGAGUGUUUUGCUUGGGAAAGCUACUCCACCUCCCGAAGCAGAAAUCGCUGAGAUUAGUCCUGACGUCGUUAUCGUGAAUGCUGGCUUGAUUAUGGCUUGUUCAUCGUGUUCCCAAAAAAUUCAAAUGUUUUAUCUUCAGGAGAAGAUUCAGAAUGAAACUACUUCUUCUUGGCGCUUUCCUUGUUAUAAUGAGAGGUCUCAGGCUCUAAUCUGAGUCGCAGUACUGGCAGUCUGGUCAGGAACGUGCCAGUCCCGAUGCAGCCACGUGUGGGGAAAAACUCCCAACCACGCAAAUUGCGACACGUCUACUAUCGAGGAACCCAGUUGGAUGCGUUGAAUCAAGCAGCACUGAGCAGAAGUCGGAAACAUUGGAUGCUUCCAGGAAAGGGCUCUCAGUUAAGACUAAGACAUGAUUUGACUUUGAUAUUAUAAGUACAGAAGGGAUGGUGCGUUCUUCGGCUUCUCAGUUGAGACAUUUGAUUAAUGAUUUCAUUGAUAGGUAGAGAAUCAUACGUACAUUUUCCUUGAGACUUUCUUAUUGUCAUCGAUGAUCAAUCUCAUCGAACUCGAAGAUGUCGGGGAGUCAUUUUUUGUUGGAGGAAAACGAAUGAUCUUCAUAUCAUUUCAACCUGUCUCUUCUAAAGACAUCUGCCGAAGACGCAGGUGGCCUUGUAGGCGGUCAGAUGUACGACCCUAGUAAUGAUGGACGAAAUGGUAACAUCGCAGCUUCAGGACUCUACGACUUCGCAUUUGAUGGUAUGCGCGCCAAGCAUUUGGAGGGUGUAUCCCAACGAAGUACCGAUGCGCAAGCACAAAACUGGCACAAUUAUCAACUGGCGAAUCAGAUACACCUUGGCGGUGAUUUCCUAUGAGCGGUGCACUCAGACUCUACUCUCCAUCAUGGUUCCUCAGAAAAUACAAUAAAUAGCAUGACACACUCUACUCACUCAACUUAAUGAAACUACGAACAACUCACGAGCAAUCUUCCUGCGACACAAACACCAACACUAUCUAGUACUUGCAGCAGCAUAGUCGUGUAGACGUACUACUAGCACAACAAGAGUCUUCAAGUUUCUUCCUCUAAAAAUUCAAAACACAAUCAAAAGUACGACUCGUUUGUCUUCGUGCGAAGGAGAUGAUUUUGCGGUUCGCUCAUUUUGCUACCAGUGCGACGAACUGGAGGACCGCAUGACAAGAUGCAACGAUGAUCGCCAACAAAAGGCUGCAGAGCCCGAGGCCGCUGCGCACGAAAUUCCACCGGAACGGAUCUUAAGGCUGAUCUUCAUACUGGUGUACCUAUUAUUUGUUUCUGCACUCCACAGUGUGGAACUUGAAAGCUAGUAAGUAUCUUCUUGCUCGAAUAGGAAGAAGGGUUUUUUAAAGCUAGGAUGAGUCUGUUAAAGAGGUUAAUGACAUGUUGGAUAGCUCGAAGAGGAAGAAGGGUGAGUCUGUUACUACUAGACUUCCUUUCCUUAGAACUGUGAUUUCUCUUAACGAGUAGUCUUUCUUUUCCUUUUCUCAGGAGUAGUCUAAUCCUUAUUUCCUAAGGACGAGUUUUUUUUCUAAAGUCUAAGGUCUAAUCCUUUGACCUCUUUCACAUACUCAUCCUUCUGAUCCUCUUAUUUAAAGUUAGUUGUACUAAAGGAUGUUGCGUCCUCCUCUGUUAAUGAGCAGGUUAAUGACAUGUAGUUGGAUAGCUCUAACGAAAGCAGGUGCAUCCCCAGAGAUUCGCCAAGGCCGCGACACGGAUCUUCAGUUCUACCUGCUGGAUACCUCUGGUGACCCGCGAACGGAGCUGAAAGCGCCACCCGCUGAGUUGCUGCUCGGAGGAGAGCAAAUCGAUUCUGUUGCUGCCAAAUGGGCCAAGCUACACCACACUGACCGAGACCUCAUGCUGGCCUACUCCGUCCUGAGCGUCAAUCCCGUUGUCGCUGCUCCGAAGUCUGGGUCGUCGGUGGCGUCUGUGUCCUACCGUUUGAAGCACAUCGGCGUCCGCAGCGACACUGCAGCUUCUACAGGCAUGUGGAGUCGAGUCGUUGGAAGCAGUUACGCCUACGACAGCGAGUUAUCGCAGUCGAUGCUGGAACAAGCGCAACCCUACUACGACAAAGACCAGCCUUUCGCCAGUUGGCCUACGUUCUUGCAGAGGUUGAUGAGACCUGGUUGCCCUACGAGAAACAAAUCUUCGGCUCCUGCAGUGGGACAACAGAAGCAGUUGUCAAGAUCAACAUCCGGACAAACGAAUAUGAGGAUGGCACAGCUACCGGGAGGACGAGGAGGCCAACAAGCUCAGGUGUAUGGCAUUUGAGCAAAUAAGAAGACUUCUAACGUUAAAAAUGAUGUAGUCACCGGUUUUUAAACAGUUGCAACAGCUGGUGUACAUCCAGAAAUUAGAAAAGUACAGCGAAAGAGCCUCGGCUCAACCUCAAGCUUCUAGCUUUUUAUCCAUCAACUUGAAACUUCUAACUCCUCCCAGCUUCCCCCACGUCAAACGACCACCAGCAACAAGAAGCUGACAGCAGUUUAAACCGUUACCUCUCCUUCCCAUUGCGUACGUGCGAGUGGCGUCAGGUGCCAGUCUAUGUCAACGUCUACGACUUGGAUCCUCCAAGUUGGGAGAGCAACAAAAUCCCAUUCUGGAAUCGGGUUUUCACGAACGAUGUGUUGAAAGUUGGAGGUCUUUUCCAUGCAGGCAUCGAAGUUUACAAUCGCGAGUUCUCCUUCGGUUACACACCACGUGGAAGCGGCGUAGAAACGCAUACGCCAAGAAACCAUCACACCCAUGCUUACAGGGAAAGCGUUUUGCUUGGUAUUCAUUUUUCAUCGAGGAGCAGUAAUUUUCGUAGCUAAAAGGUGUAGUUGAAAACCUUUAACAUGUUAAUGAAAAACUACUGAACAUAAUGGUAAUGAAUUAAGAUCAUAUUAAAAGAUAUGAGAUGCUGAACGCCAAUCUCCAAGUCUUGUUGAUUCUAUAAAUUCCAUCACCACAUCAGGUUUCAGCUACCUCUCCUUAGAAGAGCUUUCUCACCUCGUCUCCGUCAAGCAGAGGCAAUGGCCUGGUGCCAGUUAUGACCUUCUGGAGCGUAACUGCUGCACUUUCAGCGAUGAAUUUGCCCAGCUAUUGGGUGUCGGUAGUAUUCCGCAAUGGAUUCACCGAUUCGCACGAUGGGGUAGUAGUCUGGCCUACGCUGCGAAUCAGUUUCCGCACCUGAUGUCGUCGACUACAGGAGGCAGCAAUCAACCUGAUGGUUUUACCGGCAGUCAAGGUCAUUAUUUGACCCCACGUGCAAUCGCAUCGGCAGAACCUGAAACCCUCAACUCUUUUGGAGUUUCCACGAGAAGUGCAAUAAUGGGAGAGCAUGAGCAUGAGGAUCACAUUUACGUCACAUUUCGAAAAUAUAAAUCAAUGUUUCUUCAUCUCUAGUACUUCAUGUAUGAGAACUAGAACAAUAGAUAUUCUCUUCAUCAUUGCGUUCUCACUUGCUCUUAUUAUUUUCACUAGUAUGGUUUUGAAGUCUUCAUUUUUAUCAGUUUCAGAUUGAUUUAGAACAAUAGAUACAUAGACGACUUCUUUUCCAACAAGAUCAAUUUUGUUCAAGUGCUGAUUAUCGUUAAUAUCCUUGAAGAGUCUAACAUACAGGUUCACACGAGGAGGAAUUGCGAGGACCCAGUAAGCUAGGAUUGACACUAGAGGAACCCGACCACGAUGAUCGCGACUUCUGGAAGCUUGGGGAGGAAGGGAUCUGA